GCUCGCUUUCGUCAUUGAGACGCGACAAACGUUCCGCACGUGUGUGUUAGCGGUGUCGAUGAGGAUUUUAAAGUCAAACUGAAGAGAGAUGGAGAGGAGGGAGGAAGAGGAGGAGGAGAGGAAGACUACGGCUCAGACAGAGGUGGAGGCUCCAGAGAGAGGAGGUGAUGAUGAAGAGGAGGAGGAGGCUGCAGAGAGAGGUGAUGAUGAUGAUGAAGAUGGGGAUGAAGAGGAGGAGGAGAAGGCUGCAGAGAGAGGAGGUGAUGAGGAGGAGGAGGAGGAGGAUGGUGAUAAAGAUGCUGCAGGGAUGAAGAAGGCUAAACAGAAAUCUGUCAGAGUGACUUCCUGUCCAGACAGGAAGUGUGUUCCAGGGAUCAUCUACCUGGGUCACAUUCCUCCGAGGCUCCGCCCCAAACACCUGAGGAACAUGUUGUCCGUGUACGGAGAGGUCGGACGCGUCUUCCUUCAGCCGGAGGAUGGACAGGUGAGGAGGAGGAAGAAGAAGUCGGGGUUGAGGAGGUGUGACUUCACUGAAGGGUGGGUGGAGUUUCGAGAUAAACGUGUGGCGAAGAAAGUGGCCUCGUCUCUCCACAACACGCCGAUGGGAAGCAGGAAACGCCAGCGCUUCUCCUCCGACCUCUGGUGCAUCAAGUACCUGCACAGGUUCCAGUGGACUCACCUGAGCGAGCGGCUGGCCUACGAGCAGACGGUUCUCCAGCAGAGACUCAGGACUGAAGUGUCUCAGGCAAAGAGAGAAACAAACUUCUACCUGAACAACGUGGAUAAGAGCGCUCACCUGGACAAGCUGAGGAGGAAGAGACAGAGAGACGGACAACAGGUGGACGACAGGACGUGGGACUUCACUCAGCGUCAGACGGAGGAGGAGAUCCAGAUGAAGAAGAAGAAGAGGAAAGACACCGUUUCCCAGAAGCACCUGGACAAGGCCCGCCUCAUACAGCAGAAGAGCCAAUCGAACGUCUCGCUGUUAGCCAAGAUAUUCAACUCCAGCCAACAAGAGUAACAGCAGACGGACAGCUGAUUGGCUGUUGGACAAGAUUGUUUCCAUGGAAACAGGAAGCGGAUUGUAAAGAACUGGUGCUGACAUGCCCACAUUCCCCAACCAAUCACAGGCCAGUCUCAGCAGGGGGCGGGGCCAUCUGAGUUCUGUUCCCACCUACUGAUCUUUUCCAGCCUUCUGUACCUGCCUUAAAGAGCUCAUGAGUCUCAUCAGUCUUAGUUAUUACCUCUCUGAUUCGUCAGUUACAGAUCACCAGUUUCACAGUGUCUGUCUGACAUCCUCAUCUUUUACCUGUGCAGGUGCUCAUCCUGUCACCACACCUUCACAUCUCUCUGUAUAAAAUGUUGUAAAUAAAUCUACAAUCAUGUGACAGACGUAAUAACUCAGGUUUUUGUUGAAAUGAAAUCUGUUUUUAUGGAAAGUUUCUUUCAGAGCAGGCGUGGACGAAUGGACCAGAGAGCACAGCAACCUGACUGAUAUAAUCAAACUGGAAAUUAGAGGCCGUACACAAAUUCAGCCAUUAUCUACUCACCCAUAUGCCGAGGGAGGCUCAGGUGACGUUUUAGAGUCCUCACAUCACUUGCGGAGAUCCAAGGGGAGAGGAGGUAGCAACACACCUGUGCUGCACAAUGAGGCUACAAACAGAGUUUAAAUGAGGUUUUUCCAAACAACUUUUUAUGUCGGGGCUUCAGGACACUUGGAUCACUACGGAUGAGCAGUAUGGAGAUAUUUUGUGGUUUCAAUUAUGUGUUUAUGGACGUUUGAAUCUGGGGCGCCGUCAGCCUCCAUUAGGUGGAGUUGUGUUGCUUUGUUUUUUUGGUUUUUGUUUGCUUUAUUAAAUUUUGCCUCUCCCUGA